CUGCAGCGCUCCGUACAUUUUAUGAAUCUAGUGUUCAGCUGAGUGAAAGAGUCUUAGAAAGUGUUGUUUUUGUCUGAUUACAUCACCGAAAACUUGAAGAGCUUCCAAUAGGAGUGCAAAAUGUCUUUCAAAUCACGCAGGUAAAAAGUAAGUGAACCCAGGACAUAGCUGAACUAAGGUGAAGGGUAUGGCUCUGGACAGUCAGGGGGACUCCGACUACGGCAACAUGAACUCAGCAGUGAGCACGGAGUCCAUGGACAUGGCAGAGGAGGAGAUGUCACAGGUGGAGGGUUGUGGUCUGAGCGCCUCCGAGGAUGAGGACGAGUGUGCCUCGUCUCCGGCCGGCUCGGCCUACGACGACGCCGGUGACGUCAUCAAGAGCGCCAUGAGCGACGAGGUCACCAAGCAGCUAGCGGCCGCAGGCCCAGUAGGCAUGGCGGCGGCGGCUGCGAUCGCCUCCUCCAAGAAACGCAAGAGACCGCAUUCAUUCGAAACAAACCCCUCCGUGAGGAAGAGACACCAGAACAGACUACUUAGAAAGCUUAGACAAACGAUCGAGGAGUUCGCGACCCGCGUGGGUCAGCAGGCGGUGGUGCUGGUGGCGACCCCCGGCAAGCCGAACACCUCCUACAGGGUGUUCGGAGCCAAGCCGCUGGAGGACGUUGUGCGGAACCUGCGCUGUAUGAUCAUGGAGGAACUCGAGAACGCGCUGGCGCAGCAGUUCGGGCUGGGCGGGUGCGCGCAGGCGCCGCCGCCGCCGCAGGACGACCCGUCGCUGUUCGAGCUGCCGCCUCUCAUCAUAGACGGCAUCCCCACUCCCGUGGAGAAGAUGACGCAGGCGCAGCUGCGGGCCUUCAUACCGCUCAUGCUCAAGUACUCCAUGGUACGCGGUAAGCCGGGUUGGGGCCGGGAGUCGACGCGGCCGCCCUGGUGGCCCAAAGACCUGCCCUGGGCCAACGUGAGGAUGGACGCGCGCUCUGAGGACGAGAAACAGAAGAUGUCGUGGACGCACGCCCUGCGGCAGAUCGUGAUCAACUGUUACAAGUAUCACGGGCGAGAGGACCUGCUGCCCGCCUUCACCGAGGACGAGGACGACAAGCAGGCGCCGCAGACUAUGUCGCAGUACGCGCCGGCCAUGCUGCAGACGAUCACCAACCCUGACGGGACGGUGUCUCUCAUACAGGUGGAUCCCAACAGUCCCAUCAUCACCUUACCUGAUGGUACCACCGCACAAGUGAUCCACAGCGGUUCUGAGGGAGCUGCGAGUGUGGUGCAGGCUCUGGAGGGCGAAGGCGCGGUCGCCGUAGACCUCAACGCUGUGGCAGAGGCCACGCUCAACCACGACGGACAGAUCAUACUCACCGGGGAGGACGGACACGGCUACCCGGUGUCGGUGUCGGGUGUGAUCACCGUGCCCGUGUCAGCAUCAGUGUACCAGUCUAUGGUGGCCUCUAUGCAGCAGCAGGACGGCGUCUGCGUCACUCCACUAGUACAGGUGGAGCAGGGCGGCGAGACGCUGGAGGCGCUCUCGAUGGGUGGAGGGGUAGCCCAGGUGGUACUACAGGGGGGGGAACAGGUGUUGCAGGUGUUGAGCCUCAAGGACGCCUCCGUACUCACCAAGGCCAUGCAAGUGAAGUCCGAGCGUGACGCGGUGGUGGCGGACUCCUAGCUGCUAACGCUGGUGGCCCACGACCACCAACAGCAACAACAACUGAUGGAGCAAGACGAACAGGAGAUGGAGCAACAAGACGAGGAGACGUAGCUCACGACGGAACGGACGAGCAGUGUUGUGUAGGACUAUUGAUGUAGUUCAAGUGGACUACACUAUGACGAAUAUAUGAACUAAACUAAACUAACACUUUAUGAAGUAUAGAAAAUCAAUGUCGAAUGUUCUAUACACACAUACUGAAAAGUAUUUUAAUCUUUGACACGAUACCUACAUUAAGGCAUCGUUAAAGGCACAUUUUCAUUGGUCGAUAAGUCGGUAGUUAGCCCGAUUGCGGGGAGUACCCGCAUGCGAGCUAACAACCAAUGAAAUCCACUGGUCGAUAACUCGGUCGAUUAAACGUGUGCGGGUGAUAUCCGCAUUCCGGAAUAACGGAAUUCGCAUGCGUUAUAGAAAUUACCCGCACCCCGUAUGCGGGCUCUGACGACCAGUGAAAAUGAUAAACUCUUUGCGGGCCCUAUGGCAUGCGUUACAGAAAUCUCCCGCACCCCGAAUGCGGGCCUUAUCGACCAAUGAAAAUGCGCCCUAACUCUAAAUAUGGAGCAGUGUUUGACAAGAACAUUUUAAUAUGUCGCCCGUAAUGUCACACGUGACACGUCUGGAUGUCACUAGUUUAAAUGUCGACCGUUUUACAGGCGCACUAGUGACGCAGCGUUGUUAUAGAAUAAUUAUGAACCCCGUGUCUCGGGUAGUUGUAGUAUUAAGUUGUUCUACCAUAGCUAAAUGUAUGGCUUAACUGUUGGUAAUGUAGCGAUCAUUGAAAUAUAAUAUUCGAAAAAAAUAACCGAAAGCCACGAGUUCUGAACUCACAUCAUCAUACACUAGUCAGUGUAAAUAUCGCCAUUUACAAGCUAUUCGAUGAUAUUGUAAACUAAAAUAUACAAAAGUGUUUAAUUAAUUAUAACUAUUAACAUCCGGUUUCUGAACGUAAGUUAUAUUAUAUUAGCGAAGGUGUAAUUUAUGAGUGAGAAUUCGCACUGACAGUGACAUUAUUUUCUAUGACACUUUCGUCUGUACUUUACUACUGCGACAUGUCGUUGCGGUCACUGGCAGUGUGUUGUGUUUGAAGUGUUCUUUCCGAUGUAUUUUGAAGUCAUUAGUAGUAUUCAUAAUAUUGAUGAAUCUGCGAGAGCCGUGAGAUGGAACUAACUUAUCGUUCAUUUCUUAGAUGUAAUUCUAUAAUCGGCUACAUUAAUACUUUGCAAUUAAUAUUUAUUUUUUGAUCCUUAGGUUUGUGCAAUAUUUUUACGAAGACGUAUCGCGUUUAUUUCUAUUUAUUUGCUGGUCCCAGCGUUUUUAUUUCCUAUUUAAAGUUAGUGCAUAUAACAAUGCACACGUGACAUUCCUUUGAACAGUUUUAUUUAAGAUUAUUGUUAAGUGAUUUGUUGUUUAAUUUAUUUAGUUAUUGUUUGUUAGUAAAGUUAACUCUAGUCUACCGCCAGUCAUUAGAGAAACUAUCUAGUCUACUAAACAUGUACAAAUCUUUAUAAUAAUUGAAUUCUGUAAUAUACUUAUCUGUAUGAAUUAGUAUUGUGGAUGUAUGGGGAGUUCUAGGAAGGGAAGUGCUCAGGGUGUCGACUCCGCUGUUGAUGUUAUAUGUGGUUAUCUACUGUUAGCUAUAUCGAACUAAGCUUGCAGGAGUAGAAGUUCCAUGUGAAUAAACCUAUACUGUGAGGUUUAAAAGUCAACUAAUUUAAAUUUUACCAACCAUUAUAGUCAAAGUAGCUUAAGAUAGAAGUCAUAGAAGAGUACAAAGCUGUAUGUAUACUUUAAAUGUAAAUUAUUUAAUUUAUUUUAAAAGACAGUGGAAUUUAUCCAAUGUUUUUGUUUCUUAUUUGCAAAUUUUAUUUAUUUAUUAUUUUUCUUUUAGAAACCAAAGAACGAUUGUGUUUUGUCCUUAUUAUAAGUAAUGAGUAAAGCACAAUUUUGUUGUUAAGUACAAUGAUUUGUGGAUGUAAAUAAAUGGUAUGACUGUGUGAAUAUUGCAAUCAUUAAAAAUAAAAGUAUUUACGUACA